AUGGGUAAGCGCAAGCGCAGUGGACGCGACGCAUCACCAAGUGUGCUGCGUCAGCAAGAGGCGACGCACCCAAAUGUAAUUUCAGGGCGUGUUGUCAUUCCCCAGAAGCGAUGGUAUAGGCAGCGUGCGCACGCCAACCCAUUCUCUGACCACUCGUUGAUGUACCCAGCGCAGCCGAGCGACAUGGACUGGUCGAUCCACUUUCCCGAGAUGUGUGCGCGGGAUGCACCUGUUCAGAAAAAGGUCGAGUUUGCGGAUGUAGGUUGUGGCUUUGGUGGCCUGCUUAUGCGUCUAGCGCCUCUUUUCCCCGACACGCUUAUGCUGGGUAUGGAAAUUCGCGCGCAAGUGACACAGUAUGUGCACGACAAGAUUCAUGCUCUGCGUUUGGCACACAAACAAGCAAAAACAAUGAGUGAAGAAGGUAAGCUAGAGCUUGAGGCGGAGGUGCAGCCUGCGGCAGACGCUCAGGACGAAGAUUCUGAAGAGCGUCGCCAAAAUGAGUACCUUGUAAAGCAGGCGGGCCAUGUGGCUGGCGGCUACCAAAACAUUGGUGUUAUACGCACCAACGCUAUGAAGUUUUUGCCCAACUUUUUUGAACAGGGACAGCUCACCAAGAUCUUUUUCCUGUUUCCUGACCCGCAUUUCAAGGCACGGAAGCACAAGGCACGCAUUAUUUCGCCCACGCUGUUAGCUGAGUAUGCCUAUGUCUUGCGACCUGGAGGUAUCGUAUACACUGUCACAGAUGUGCGCGAUCUGCACGAAUGGAUGGUCAAGCAUCUGACAGACUUUCCUCUAUUUGAGCGCAUUCCUGAUGACGCGCUAAAACAAGAUCCCUGCGUAGAUGCUGUGAUGUACAGCACGGAAGAGGGACGCAAAGUGGAACGCAAUGAAGGCGACAAGUUUUUCGCCGCGUUUGUGCGGCGAGACGAUCCUCCUGUGGGCGAGGAAUCAUGA